UUCAGUGUACGUCCCUCCAUCCUUAGGGCAAGCGUGGGACCUUGCAGUUGAUAUUUGCCUUUCCCAAUUACCUACAAUUAUAGAGGAAGGAACUGCCUUUAGGCACAGUCCCUUCUUUGCGGAGCAGCUGACAGCGUUCCAGGUGUGGCUGACCAUGGGCGUGGAGAACCGCAACCCCCCGGAGCAGCUCCCCAUCGUCCUGCAGGUGCUGCUGAGCCAGGUACAUCGACUGCGAGCUCUUGAUUUGCUGGGAAGAUUUUUGGACCUGGGUCCCUGGGCAGUCAGCUUGGCCCUGUCCGUUGGCAUUUUCCCCUACGUGCUGAAGCUGCUUCAAAGUUCAGCUCGUGAGCUGAGACCACUUCUUGUCUUCAUUUGGGCCAAAAUUCUGGCAGUGGACAGUUCGUGCCAAGCUGACCUUGUGAAGGACAACGGUCACAAGUAUUUCCUUUCAGUUCUGGCAGAUCCUUAUAUGCCAGCUGAACACAGGACAAUGACGGCUUUUAUCCUGGCUGUGAUUGUUAACAACUACAACACUGGACAGGAAGCUUGCCUUCAAGGAAACCUGAUUGCUAUUUGCCUGGAGCAGUUAAAUGAUCCACAUCCUCUUCUGCGUCAGUGGGUGGCCAUUUGUUUAGGACGUAUUUGGCAGAACUUUGACUCAGCCAGGUGGUGUGGCGUGAGAGACAGUGCUCAUGAGAAGCUCUACAGUCUCCUCUCAGAUCCAAUCCCAGAGGUUCGCUGUGCUGCAGUCUUUGCUCUGGGAACAUUUGUGGGCAACUCAGCUGAACGGACCGAUCACUCCACCACCAUCGAUCACAACGUAGCCAUGAUGCUGGCCCAGCUCAUCAACGAUGGGAGCCCCAUGGUUAGGAAGGAACUGGUGGUGGCUUUAAGUCACCUGGUGGUUCAGUAUGAGAGUAAUUUCUGCACCGUGGCCUUGCAGUUCAUGGAAGAAGAAAAGAAUUACCCUCUCCCUUCUCCAGCCGCCACAGAGGGUGGGAGUUUGACACCGGUACGAGAUGGUCCAUGUACACCAAGGCUGCGGUCCGUCAGCUCUUACGGGAACAUCCGAGCAGUUACCACAGCUAGGAACCUGAACAAGUCCUUGCAGAACCUCAGCCUGAAUGAAGAAUCUGGAAGCUCUGUUGCAUUUUCUCCUGGGAAUCUCAGCACCAGCAGCAGCGCCAGCAGCACCUUGGGCAGCCCUGAGAACGAAGAGUAUAUCCUGUCGUUUGAGACUAUUGACAAGAUGAGACGAGUCAGCUCUUACUCUUCUCUGAAUUCACUAAUAGGUGUGAGUUUCAACAGUGUUUAUACCCAAAUUUGGAGAGUCCUUCUUCACCUAGCUGCCGACCCCUAUCCUGAUGUUUCCGACUUGGCUAUGAAAGUUCUCAACAGCAUUGCCUACAAGAUUAUGCAAGUGGGACUGGCCUGCAGACUGAAGCCACAACGGCUCUCCAAUCCAGGUGAACUAGUACAUGCAACAGUAAAUGCUCGUCCCCAGCGCAUCCUGGACACCUCCUCGCUGACUCAGUCUGCCCCUGCCAGCCCCACCAACAAGGGGAUGCACAUCCACCAAGUGGGAGGGUCACCUCCAACCACUAGUACAAGCAGCUCCAGCCUGACAAAUGAUGUGACAAAACAACCAGUCAGUCGGGACAUCACAUCUGUAAGACCCGCCAACGUCGGCAACAUGGGGGUGCAGUACACUCCCCACUCCCACCAGUUCCCCAGGACAAGGAAGAUGUUUGACAAAGGGCCAGAACAGACUGCUGACGACGCCGAUGACACCGUUGGACACAAAAGUUUCAUUUCGGCCACGGUGCAGACGGGGUUUUGUGACUGGAGUGCCAAGUAUUUUGCUCAGCCAGUCAUGAAGAUCCCAGAAGAGCACGACUUGGAGAGCCAGAUUCGCAAGGAGAGGGAGUGGCGGUUCCUGCGCAACGCUCGUGUCAGGAAACAAGCCCAGAAGAUCAUCCAGAAGGGUAUUUCCCGGCUGGAUGAUCAGAUCUUCCUCAACAGGAACCCAGGUGUCCCCUCCGUGGUGAAGUUCCACCCGUUCACGCCCUGCAUCGCCGUGGCCGACAAGGACAGCAUCUGUUUUUGGGACUGGGAGAAAGGGGAAAAGUUGGACUAUUUCCACAAUGGGAACCCUCGCUACACCAGGAUCACAGCGAUGGAGUACCUGAACGGACAGGACUGCUCCUUGCUGCUGACUGCUACAGAUGAUGGUGCCAUCAGAGUGUGGAAGAACUUUGCAGACCUGGAGAAGAACCCAGAGAUGGUAACUGCUUGGCAGGGGCUGUCAGACAUGCUACCAACCACACGAGGUCUGGCCCGAAGGGUUUCAAUCUAUCUUGACAGAAGUAAACAGGGAGGUGAUGGCUUAAUGGUUGUGUGGGAACAAGAGGGAGGGCUCCUGAUGACAUCGGGGGAUGUGAGGAUAAUCCGGAUCUGGGACACAGAUCGGGAAAUGAAAGUACAGGACAUCCCCACCGGAGCGGACAGCUGCGUGACCAGCCUCUCGUGUGAUUCUCAUCGUUCGUUAAUUGUGGCAGGGCUGGGCGAUGGCUCCAUCCGCGUGUUUGACAGGAGGAUGGCUCUGAGUGAAUGCCGCGUCAUGACCUACCGAGAGCACACGGCCUGGGUGGUGAAGGCGUACUUGCAGAAACAUCCUGAAGGCAACAUCAUGAGCGUCAGUGUGAACGGAGACGUGCGGUUCUUUGACCCCCGGAUGCCAGAGUCCAUGAAGGUCCUUCAGAUAGUCAAAGGGCUGACAGCCCUUGACAUUCACCCGCAAGCCAACCUCUUUGCGUGUGGCUCAAUGAACCAGUUCACUGCAAUCUACAAUGGGAAUGGGGAGCUGAUCAACAAUAUCAAAUACUACGAUGGUUUUAUGGGACAAAGAGUUGGAGCCAUCAGCUGCCUGGCUUUCCAUCCUCACUGG